AUGAACGGCAGGACUCUUCGCAUCUCGGCGAGAUGUAGCUUGCACCGCGCGCCUGCAGGCUCAGCCAGCUUGCGGACCAACGAACAUGGCUUCAACGUUGUGCAGCAACAUAUUCAACUCAGAGGAGCCAAGACACGCAGCACCAUCAAAGCAGAUCGCCUGCCUCAGGGAGCGCUUAUCCCUCUGCCCGAACAACAUGUCGAACCCAUACCGGAGAAGACGUAUCCUGCCGUCCUGCAGCAGCACUUGAACAACGUCCGAAAGUUCAAGGACUGCAUUGUACUGACCAGAGUCGGCGACUUCUACGAGAUGUACUUUGAUCAAGUCGAAGAGUAUGCUCCAUUGGUGAAUCUGAAAAAAGCCAAAAGGGCAACUUCCCUCGGCCAUGUGCCAAUGGCAGGCUUUCAGCACACCCAGCUCGACCGCUACUUGAAGAUGUUCGUCCAGGACCUCGGCAAGCAGGUCGCCAUCAGCGAGCAGAUACGCUUGCCAGAGUCCGAACGUGGCGCGAAGGGUGGCAGUAUGCUAUUUGACCGCAAAGUGACACGCAUCGUUACUGCCGGAACGCUGAUUGACGAAAGCUUCGUGGACCCCUUCGAGAACAACUAUCUGCUUGCAAUACAUAUCGCUGGAGCCCUACCAACAGGGACGACUAACAAUCAAAACCGGUCCGUGCACGACCAUCUGAAACGUCGUGUCAAGGUCGGCUGCUCAUGGGUGGAUCUGUCUAGUGGCGCUUUCUUCACGCAACCGUCGGAUCUUGGCAGCCUCCCUUCUCUGGUAGCACGCAUAGGUCCAAGAGAGAUUGUCCUAGACUCCUCGCUCGAAUCUGUUGACCAAGUCGUUCUUCAACGUCUGAUUAGUGAUGCGAAUCUAUCAAUUCACUUUCACACCCAGACCGCUACAUUAUCGACAAUAUCAGACUGGUCUUCAAUGCUAGAGAAGGCAGUUCCGGACGACGAGCAACCGGACUAUACCUCUCCAGAAGUGGCUGCUGGGAGUCUUGUUUUAGACUACGUCAAGGAGAAGCUGGGCGGCACACAGUUGCAACUUCAAGCUCCUGUCCGGCGGCUUCACGACGAAGCCAUGACGAUCGAUAGGCAGAGCCUGCGCAACCUUGAAGUACGCACGACGAUCAGGGACGGCACAUACCAAGGCAGUCUGCUGCAGGCAAUGCGCCAGACCGUCACCAAAAGCGGCGCUCGUUUGUUGAGCCAGCGACUUGUAGCACCGUCUAUGUCACUGUCAAUCAUCGACAACCGGCUCGACCUUGUGCAGGAGUUGCUUCAGCACGAGGCCUUGCGUGAGCAUGUCACUGCUCUUCUCAGACGGACCUCCGAUACAUACCGCUUGAUGCAGAAAUUCUCUGUUGGUCGAGGCGACGCCGAUGAUCUGCUUGGACUCGCCCGAACGGUUGAGAUCAUGCACGAAGUAGCGGAGGUCUUGCACACGCACAUACUGACUCACCAGGACGCAUCCCCAAAUACAGGGAACGCCGUGGAAAAUACCGAAAUGACCUUCCUCUGGGAUAUUUUGGAGCGGUUAGACCUCGACACUCCAUCGAAAAUCGCGCAAAAGAUCUUGUCCGCCAUUGACGAAGCUGGUCUGAACCAGCAGCAUCUCGCAGAGGAAGCCUCGAUGGAAGAAGCUGAGCAGAUGACGGAGCAAGUCGUGGCAGCUGAUGAGACAGGAGCGGACAUACCCAAGCUGUCGAGACGAGCAGCGAAGCCACCUGCAAAUGAAGAGAAAGCUGAUGCCAUCUGGGUAAUGCGCAGAGAUGCGUCGAUAACAUUGAAACGAGCGCAUAACGAUCUCGAUAGUCUGCUGCAAGCCAAGCGCGAAUUAACUUCCAAGUUGCAGCAAGAAUUGCGAUCCUCGAGUCUCACGCUGAAAUGGAGCGCACAACUCGGUCACUACUGCCAUAUCAAAGGCAAAGAUGCACAAAGUACCCUGUCUGCGUUGGCUGGAGCUCGAGUCAUCGGAAGCAGCAAGAGCACUCGAUCUUUCUACUUGUCCGAUUGGACGCACCUUGGUGUGCGGAUAGAUGACAGUAAGCUGCGGAUCAGGACCGAAGAAGAUCGUGUUUUUGCCAAGCUACGAGCUGAAGUCCUGGAGAACCUGAUGAAGCUUCGGCGCAAUGCUGCAGUGUUAGAUGAACUGGACGUAGCAUGCUCUUCAGCAGUCGUCGCUCAAGAACGAGGCCUCAUCCGUCCACUGCUUAAAGACAACUCUACUACCAAGAUCAUUGGCGGACGUCAUCCCACAGUCGAUGUUGGCCUCAAGGAGCAGGGCCGCAACUUCACCGCGAACGAUUGUGCAGUAGGCGACACGGAGAAGAUCCUGCUCAUUACUGGCCCCAACAUGGCGGGAAAGAGCACCUUCCUUCGCCAAACAGCUCUCAUCACGAUCUUGGCCCAGACAGGCUGCUUCGUCCCAGCUGAUUAUGCCGAAAUUGGUCUCGUCGACAAGAUCUUCAGCAGAGUCGGCUCUGCCGACAAUCUCUAUCAAGACCAGUCGACUUUCAUGGUCGAGAUGCUGGAGACUGCAGACAUCCUCAAAGAAGCCACUCCGCGCUCUUUCGUCAUCAUGGACGAAGUUGGUCGAGGCACCACACCUGAGGACGGAUUGGCUGUCGGUUAUGCUUGUCUGCACCACUUGCACAAUGUCAACCAAUGCCGAUCUCUCUUCGCAACGCACUUUCACGCGCUUGCCGACAUGACAAGGGACUUCGAUUACUUGUCUUGCUACUGUACGGAGGUAACAGAGCAAGAGGGCGGCAGCUGGAUGUACGAUCAUAAGCUACGUCGUGGAGUCAAUCGUUCUUCGCAUGCGUUGAAAGUGGCAGAGCUCGCGGGCAUGCCGGAUGCUGCUAUCGCAGUUGCAGCCGAAGUGCUUGCAGAGCUGCAGCGAGACAAGGCCGAUACAUCUGGCGUGAAUCAAACUAGCUCUACUCAGGACAAUUCUGCGACCAUGGCCCUAGCUGGAUGA